AUGUACCUUAGAACUAAAAAUGUAACAACAUUAGAAGACGCUUAUAGAAGCUUAUUAGAAACCAAUAUAUCCGACAGCAAGGUUCCAAACACCAACUCUCAGUAUAGGAACAAUAAUCAUACAAAUUACAGAAAUAACCAUAACAUAAAUUCUAGACAUAGUAGUAAUAAUACAAAUUCCAGAAAUAACUAUAGAAACGCAAAUAGAACUUUCAACAAUAACAAUUACAAUAACAACAUAAGAAACACUUACACAAAUAGACCAAUGGACAGAAACUACACUACUAACGAAAAGUUUAGGAAUUUUAGGCCCAACCAACAAUUUGGUGGUACAGGUAAUAAUCUACCAGGACCAUCUUAUAACGAAAAUCGGUCAAGUCCAGUUCCAAUGGAUGUAGAUUCAGGAAACCAAGCCAUUAAAUACGAAAUAACUACAAAAGUACCUGACGAGUUCAAUGAAAAUUCAACUAUGUCCUGGAAAGUAAUGGAUCUUAGCAAUAAAAACUUUGACGCUCUCUUAGGCCAAAAUAUUUUAAGACCAAUAGGAGCAAAUAUUAACCUUUCAAAGGAGCGGUUAGAAAUUAACAACCAAGGAGAUCGAUUAACAUGUGUCAAAAGUGUAAAACAUCAAAUAAUUACAACUACUUCCCAACCGAUUUAUAGUAAAAUGUAUCGGUUUCCAAAAAUACAUGAAGAGGAAGUAAAUAAGCAAGUUCAGGAAAUGUUAGAGCAAAAUAUUAUUCAACCAUCCAGUAGCCCUUAUAAUAGCCCUAUAUGGGUAGUACCCAAAAAAUUGGACUACUCAGGGAAACAAAAAUGGCGCAUUGUCAUCGACUACCGUAAAUUAAAUGAAAUUACGGUUGAUGACAAAUUCCCGAUACCGAAUAUAGAUUCUAUAUUUGAUAAAUUGGGUCGCGCUCAAUAUUUCACCACUCUGGACCUCGCAAAGGGGUUUCACCAGAUAUUAGUGGAUGAAAAAGAUCGUCUAAAGACCGCGUUUUCUACACCGCAAGGUCACUUUGAGUUUCAUUUAAUGGUCCAACGUCUCAAUGACCGAAAUGCAACUACUAUUAUACAAGCACUUCGCAACAGGUUUGCACUAUUCGGUAGGCCAGAUAAAAUCGUUGUCGACAAUGAGUUCGAUAGUCUUAAUAUCAAAAACUUCUUUAGAACAGAAAAUAUAAACGCUCACUUUACGUCACCCAGAAGCCAUACCGGAAAUUCUACAAUCGAACGAGCUCACGGAACUUUAAGCGAACACCUUCGUAUCUUAGAUACACAAAAAUCACAUUUAACACCCGAACUAGAAAAUACUUUAGCACAAAUUGAAAAUAAUAUUUACAACACUUUUAACCAAGACAAUACCACAUUAAAACAAUUACAAAUUCAAAUCGAAAAAACUCGACAUAACAUUAAAACAUUACUACCACACAGACAAAAACGAGGACUCAUUAAUUUAGGUGGCAAAAUUUUAAAAUGGUUAUUUGGAAACUUAGACGAUGAUGACAAAACUGAAAUUGGACUAAUCCAGGUCUUGAGAACUUGGACUUGCACAGCGGUGCAGCAACAGGUUGUUAUUCAAACGUUCUUAACUGUGGAGAAACGUUCUUAA